AAAAAUGCAAAUAUCAUGGAGUAAUUUGCAACUCUCAUGAAAAGUUGGGGCCUGAGGGAUUCUUUGUCGAAGUCUUUUUGAAGUGUACAACCAAGAGAUCUAGUGAUUCUGGCGAAGAGAAGUGAGUGAAGUGAAGAAGACUAAGGGAAAAUAUUAAUUAGCAAUGGAGGAGGAAACCCUAACCUUAAAACCUCAGCUGCCAACUGACGGAGACGAACCCAUGCUGGACAUGGCUCAGCAAAACCCUCAAACGGACUCCGGCUCCGGCUCCGACUCCGAUGAUGACGAAGCCCAGGACAACCUCCAGCUUCAAACUCUGGAAACCGAGCUCUCAACCAAUCCUUCCAACUACGACUCUCAUGUUCAGUACAUAAACCUUCUUAGGAAAAUGGGUGACAUUGAGAAGCUGAGAAGAGCAAGAGAAGCCAUGAGUGACCUUUUCCCUUUGAUCCCAGUUAUGUGGCAGGAAUGGGCUAGAGAUGAAUCUUCUCUUAUCACAGGAACUGAGGCAUUUCCUGCAAUUGAAAAGCUUUAUGAGCGAGGAGUAUCCGAUUAUCUGUCCGCCUCUCUUUGGUCUGACUACUUAGAUUUCAUUCAAGAAUACGAUGCUUCGGUACGAGAAUGUUCACCUGCUGGUAUCUCCAAGGCAAGAGAUCUAUUCGAGCGUGCUCUUACAGCAACUGGUUUGCAUAUUUCUGAAGGAAGUAAGAUAUGGGAAGCAUAUAGGGAAUUUGAGCAAGCUAUUGUUCAUGCUAUCAAUGAGAGUGAUAUUCAGGCAAAAGAAAAGCAAAUCCAGCGUGUUCGAAGUAUAUUCCAUCGUCAGUUGUCUGUCCCUCAUUUAAAUAUGAGGUCAACACUUCUUGCUUACAAGGUUUGGGAGGUGGAGCAGGGAAGUAUGGCUGAUAUCCAAUCUGGUGACUUGGAUGGGGUGUCUUCUCAUGUUGCCUCAGCAUACCAGAAGGCAUUGGAUGUGUAUAACGCUCGUGUUAAUCUCGAAGAAAAGAUUUCUACUCAGGAUAAAGCUGACACAGAAAGAUUCCAAGAGUACAUGAAUUACUUGAAAUUUGAGCAAUCUUCUGGAAAUCCAGCACGUGUUCAAGUUCUGUAUGAACGUGCUAUUACAGACUUUCCUGUAUCGAGUGAUCUAUGGCUUGACUAUACUCGCUAUUUGGAUAAGACCUUCAAGGUUGGCAGUAUCAUAAGCAAAGUUUAUUCAAGGGCCAUAAAAAAUUGUCCCUGGGUUGGACAACUUUGGGUUCGAUAUUUGCUCUACUUGGAACGCAGUCGUGCCCCUGAAAAGGAAAUUGCUGCAGUAUUUGAGAAGGCCUUGCAAUGCACUUUUUCCACUCUUGACGAGUACCUGGAUUUAUUCCUCACUCGGGUAGAUGGCUUGCGGCGAAGAAUCUUGCUCGGUAGUGAAGUUGAGGAUGUUGUCGAUUAUUCUUUAGUAAGGAAAACAUUUCAGCAUGCAUCACAUUACCUCUCUCCACACCUGAAGAACACAGAUGCUUUUCUUCGACUACAUUCUUAUUGGGCACGUUUAGAGCUAACCCUGGGAAAAGAUUUGGUUGCAGCUCGUGGAGUAUGGGAGACUUUUCUUAAAAUCUGUGGUCCAAUGUUGGAAGCCUGGGAAGGUUACACAGCAAUGGAAAAAGAGUUGGGCCAUAUUAAGGAAGCUCGGUCCAUAUAUAAGAGAUGCUACAGUAAAAGAUUUCCUGGGACUGGUUCAGAGGAUAUCUGCCAUGCUUGGUUACGCUUUGAAAGGGAGUUUGGCACACUGGAGGAUUUGGAUCAUGCAGCACAAAAGGUUACUUCCCGUCUGGAAGAACUACAGUUACUAAGAUCACGAGAAGAAUCCAAAUUGGCAGAGAGGGAAAGCAUUUCUGAGAAGAAUACUCGAGAAAAGAGAAAGAAAACCGCAGAUACAACUCAUGAGCAGUCUCCAGCGAAGAGGCAUAAAGAUGCUGUCCAAAAUCUAAACAAAGUCCACGCAAAGGGCAAAACUCAGGUGCCAAUUUCAGUUGAGAAUCAUAAGAUGGAAGAGACCAAAGCAGAAGUAGAGGAAGCAUGUGGGAAAAAAGAGGAGCAAUCUAAAGACUCUAACCAGGAGAAAGCAAGGAUAUACACUGACCAGUGCACCGCAUUUGUAUCCAAUCUUAACCUCAAGGCAAAUUUAGAAGAUCUGACUAAAUUUUUCAGUGAUGGUGGAGUUGUUGGUAUCCGAAUACUACGUGACAAGUUUACUGGAAAAUCCAGGGGUCUGGCUUAUGUGGAUUUCUUAGAUGAUGCACACCUUACUGCUGCUAUAUCAAAGAACAAGGAGAUUCUACUUGGGAAAAAGCUGAGCAUUGCACGGUCAGAACCAAGGCGUGGCAAAAGAGAUCUCUCUGAUAGAAAUCUCCCACGCAGGCUAGCACGAGGUACUGAACGAACCGAUGCAGCUGGGGAUUCUGCAUCUAGAGACUCUGUUGACUCCUCUCAACAAUCUGGCCCACCUCAUGCACCACAGUCUAUUGCCCGCAAGCCUAGAGUUGAACAUAUCCAGCUCAAAGGGAAAAACACAUUCGCAGUUCCUAGGAAUGUUGCUGCGCUUAAUCUGAAUUCAAAGAAACCUGAAACCCAGGACAAGGAUGAGGAACAGCCAAAAUCCAAUGAUGAGUUCAGAAAAAUGCUCACUAAAGGCUAAAACGCUUGUAAGCAGGCUCUCUUAUUAACUCCAAAAAAUAACAAAUAAUUUGUAAUUAUUUUUGGAUCAACGGAUAUUUCACUGCCUGAACCUUGAGGAGUAACGGAUAUUUCAGCAGGGAAACCUUGCUGAGAAAGUGUGUACAAGGGCCGUCUUAAAUAACAUUUGGCCGUAAGGAAAAAUGCUACUUUUUAAA